GAAAUGUGCCGAGGGGCCCGGGCUGGCUGGGCCAGUCCAAGCGGCGCAGCCACCCAUGCGCGCGCGGGCGCGCAAGACCACCAGCGCCCAGAGCCCCAGUCUGAGGCUUGGCGCCGGGGUUCUGCGGGCGAGGGGAGCUCUCUACGGGCGAGGGGCUAGAGGGAGCCGGCACAAGAGGGUCGAGGAGCCAGGAACCCCAAACGUCCGGCGCCAGGCGCUAGCCAAGCUGCUGUGCGCCCCGGCGCCCAGCUGGCUCGGGGACAGCCGCUGGGUGUCAGAGACCGGAGCUAGCGGAUUGCAGCGGAAAAGCAAAGAUGUCACACUGGAUCCUUGGCCUCCAGGGUCCAUUACGGUGAGAAUAAGAUCUCUGGGCUGGCUGGAACUAGCCUAAGACUGAAAAGCAGCCAUGGACAUUGCGGAUGAGCCACUCAAUGGAAGCCACACAUGGCUAUCCAUUCCAUUUGACCUCAAUGGCUCUGUGGUGUCAACCAACACCUCAAACCAGACAGAGCCAUACUAUGACCUGACGAGCAAUGCAGUCCUCACAUUCAUCUAUUUUGUGGUCUGCAUCAUUGGGUUGUGUGGCAACACACUUGUCAUUUACGUCAUCCUCCGCUAUGCCAAGAUGAAGACGAUCACCAACAUUUAUAUCCUCAACCUGGCCAUUGCAGAUGAGCUCUUCAUGCUGGGUCUGCCUUUCUUGGCUAUGCAGGUGGCUCUGGUCCACUGGCCCUUUGGCAAGGCCAUUUGCCGGGUGGUCAUGACUGUGGAUGGCAUCAAUCAGUUCACCAGCAUCUUCUGCUUGACAGUCAUGAGCAUCGACCGAUACCUGGCUGUGGUCCACCCCAUCAAGUCAGCCAAGUGGAGGAGACCCCGGACGGCCAAGAUGAUCACCAUGGCUGUGUGGGGAGUCUCUCUGCUGGUCAUCUUGCCCAUCAUGAUAUACGCUGGGCUCCGAAGCAACCAGUGGGGGAGAAGCAGCUGCACCAUCAACUGGCCAGGUGAAUCUGGAGCUUGGUACACAGGGUUCAUCAUCUACACUUUCAUUCUGGGGUUCCUGGUACCCCUCACCAUCAUCUGUCUUUGCUACCUGUUCAUUAUCAUCAAGGUGAAGUCCUCUGGAAUCCGAGUGGGCUCCUCCAAGAGGAAGAAGUCUGAGAAGAAGGUCACCCGAAUGGUGUCCAUCGUGGUGGCUGUCUUCAUCUUCUGCUGGCUUCCCUUCUACAUAUUCAACGUUUCUUCCGUCUCCAUGGCCAUCAGCCCCACCCCAGCCCUUAAAGGCAUGUUUGACUUUGUGGUGGUCCUCACCUAUGCUAACAGCUGUGCCAACCCUAUCCUAUAUGCCUUCUUGUCUGACAACUUCAAGAAGAGCUUCCAGAAUGUCCUCUGCUUGGUCAAGGUGAGCGGCACAGAUGACGGGGAGCGGAGUGACAGUAAGCAGGACAAAUCCCGGCUGAAUGAGACCACGGAGACCCAGAGGACCCUCCUCAAUGGAGACCUCCAAACCAGUAUCUGAACUGCUUGGGGGGUGGGAAAAAACCAAGCCAUGCUCUGUCUACUGGCAAUGGGCUCCCUACCCGCACCGGCUUCCUUCCUCCCACCCCUCACACCUGGCUUCUAGAAUAGAGGAUUGCUCAGCAUGAGUCCAAUUCAGAGAACAGUGUUUGAGUCAGCUUGUCUGAUUGAAUGAUAAUGUGCUAAAUUGAUUACCUCCCCCUUCAAGCGAACAUUGAAAUGCAGGUAGACAACUCAAAGUCUGGAGAAGAGGGAUCAUGCCUGGAUAUGAUCUUUAGAAACAACAAAAAUAGAAAAAAAUAAGUAUCUGUGUGUUUGUGUAUUUAAAACUCAAUAUGUAAUCUUGUGUUUUUAUAUUUAUACUUGUAUAUUCCUAUUUAUUCUCUGUAUAGGCAUUACCUACGUUCCCGUGUUCACAUACACAAGAAGCAAAUUCGAGUGUGCAUAGUGUAGAUGGACAUUUGCCACAAUACAGUGCCCGCAGAAAUGGACUUACCGUGAAGCCAGUAAAAUUCAAGCUUCAGGGAUCUCUCUUGCACGGGCCUUUCCAAGGCCCAGGAGGGACUUGGGCAGUAUGUUCAUGUGGUCAUGUUUUUGUAAAAAAUUGUGAAAGUAA